AUGAAGUUGAACAUUUCCUUCCCGGCGAAUGGAAGCCAAAAGCUGAUCGAGGUCGAGGAUGACCGGAAGUUGAGAGUCUUCAUGGAGAAGCGAAUGGGUGCAGAGGUUGCAGGCGAUUCCGUUGGAGAUGAAUUCAAGGGCUACAUCUUCAGGAUCACCGGCGGCAACGACAAGCAAGGUUUCCCAAUGAAGCAGGGUGUCAUGCAUCCCACUCGUGUCCGCCUCCUCCUCUCCGAUGGCCACUCCUGCUACCGACCCCGCCGCACUGGUGAGCGCAAGCGUAAAUCCGUCCGUGGCUGCAUCGUUGCCGCAGAUAUCUCCGUCCUCGCCCUCAGCAUUGUCAAGCAAGGCGACAACGACAUCCCCGGCCUGACCGAUGUCGUCCACCCCAAGCGUCUCGGUCCCAAGCGCGCUACCAAGAUCAGAAAGUUCUUCGGUCUCACCAAGGAUGACGAUGUCCGCAAGUUUGUUAUCCGUCGUGAGGUUCAGCCAAAGAACGCCGACAAGAAGCCAUACACCAAGGCCCCCAAGAUCCAGCGCUUGGUCACCCCCCAACGCCUCCAGCACAAGCGUCACCGCAUCGCACUCAAGCGCCGCAAUUCCGAGAAGACUAAGGAUGCUGCUAACGAGUACGCCGCUGUCCUCGCCAAGCGUGUUUCCGAGAGCAAGGCCCAGAAGCUUGAUGCUCGCAAGCGUCGUGCAUCUUCCAUGCGCAAGUAG